AUGAAUCCCAUCGCCUUUGUCUCCAGCGCGACUGGUCGACAAGGCUCUGCCGUUGCCCGCCAGCUUCUCGACAUUGGCUGGACCGUCCGAGCGACAACUCGCAACGUGGACUCAACCACCGCCAGAGAUCUGAAAGACAAGGGUGCUGAAAUGAGGCUCGGCGACUGGGAGAAUGGAGAUGGACUCAAGGACGCCAUGGACGGAUGCACUCACCUCUUUCUGAACGUAAUCCCCAACCAUGCUACUGCCACCUCCGAAGUUCCACUCGCCAAGCGUAUGCUUGACAUAGCCAAAAUUACAGACGUCAAACACGUCGUAUACUCUAGUGGCAUGGCUAUCAAAGAUUUCGAUAAAGGAAGAUAUUACAACCCGAACCACCCAAUCUGUCGAGGUCACGGCUGGAAGCGCGACAUAGAAAACCUUGUCCAAGAGGCCGGCUUUGACACGUGGACAAUCCUCCGCCCAGGGUUCUUCAUGUGUAAUUUUCUCGAACCAAAAGUCAAAAUGAUGUAUCCCGAUCUCGUGCCCAACGGCGUUUUAAAAACAGCUUUUACGCCCGAGACUCGUCUACCGCAGGUAGAUGUCGAGGAUAUUGGGAAGUUUGCAGUAGCUGCAUUCCGCGAUCCAGAACGGUUCAACAAGCAGUUUGUCCCAAUUGCAAGCGAGAAACUGUCACUCGAUGAGAUCAUGCAGCAGUUGGAAGACGCGACUGGCCGGUCCUUUAGCAGUGCGUUUCUGACCGAUGGGGAAAUCGAGGAGAAGAUGGCUACAGACAUGUUUGUUGCUAUGCAGCUCAUGGCUAGAGAUCUGGAGGACAAGGUUGACAUCGAGAAUGUCAAGAGCUGGGGAAUUCCUCUGACUUCGUUUAGAGACUUUCUUGAGAGGGAGAAAUCCUGGGUGAACAGCACGUACGUGGAAUGA